AAAAGUUAAAUUUUAUUAGUUUUUUAUUUUAUCGUAUAAGUUUUGUAAUCAAUCAUUAUUUCGUUUAAUAAAUAGUUGUUUCAUUAUAUGCUAUCCCUUUUUAGGGUUCCGUGCCCAAAGGUUAAAACGGGACCCUAUUGUUUUCGCUCCUCUGUCCGUCCGUCCGUCUGUCACCAGGCUGUAUCUCAUGAACCGUGAUAGUUAGAGAGCUGAAAUUUUCACAGAUGAUGUAUUUUUGUUGCCGCUAUAACAACAAAUACUGAAAACUAGAAUUACAUACAAGCGCGAGUCCGACUCGCACUUGGCCGGUAUUUUCGUAUGGGUUUGUAUUGCAGUUGGAGGGCUCCGUAAAAAUCUCGCCCAGGGCACUCGAAGAGCUAAAACCGGCACUGGACGUGUCAUCAUUUCAGAGCUGCUUUAAAAUCCAACAUAUUGACGAAAUUAAGCUCACCAGUUGGUAGAGGGGCAAACUGUGAAGAAAUUAUUGAUUUCGAAGAUUUUUUGAGAGCAAUUGAAAAUUCAAAAACCGUGCAAUUUGAAAACCAGUCUCAUGAAAUAAUUUUAGAGCAACAGGCUGAAAUUUUCGUUUUACACUUACCCGAAGUUGAUGAUACUGUCCUGCCUGAAGAUUUCGAAUUUCCAGACGAUGAUGCGGAACUUUUUUACAUGGAAAACAACUUGUUCGAAUCGUUUGAAAAGCAGCCGACUGUAUACCUAUCUCAACUGUGUACCUAAUGGUGCUAAAAAAACUGCGGUGGCAAUGCAAGAAUUGUGAGCAAAGCUUAAAAAUAAAAGACCCAGAACGAUGUGAGUCAUCAAUGUAAAGCUACAUAAAACUUCGUGAGUGGUGGCAAGAUAUAAAGAGUCUUACCUCCCCACUCAGAGACAUUUCAUGAUUACCUUAAGUUACUCCUUAGUGACAGAAUGUCAUACAAAUCCUUCAUUAAGGAAUGGCUUAAGUAACCAUUAAAUUAAUGUCUCUGAGUGGGGAGGUUACAUAUCCCACAUUAAAUUUGUGCAAAUUAGUCGACAGUGUUACAUCAUACUUUGAAGUUCAAGUUAAACCGAUUCUUCAUAAAAGAUGUAGCGCGGACUUUAUCUAUCGUCUCUCCGCGCGCGCCACAAAAGCUGCGCGGCUAGGGGCGCGGAGGGGCAAUACAACCUAACAUCAGAUACUUGCUUACACUUCACAAAAAUAUAACCCCGUCUCAUAAGGGAUAUUCUUAAUAGGUGUCUUUGUCUCCGGUACUUUCCCGGAGCGUGGAAGGGGGCCUAUGUAAAAAUCAUUCCCAAACCGGGCAAAGACGACCAUACAGACCUCAAAUCUUUUCGACCCAUAGGCCUGCUGCCAGUCUUCGGGAAGCUACUGGAGAAAUUAUUCAUCAAAAGAGUUGUCAAUAAAGAGGAGUCGGAGAACAAAUUAAAUAAGAACCAGUUUGGCUUUCGGCAACAGAAGAACACGACUUCAGCCGUUCACUCCGCGUUGAAUUUCAUCCGUCACGCAAAAGAACAGAAAAAACUAUAUAGUUAUCGCUGUCUCUUUAGACAUCAGGGCGGCGUUUGACAGCGCUUGGUGGCCCGCACUCUUUCAACGUCUGGCCAACCUUGAUGUGCCCAACAACAUCUACGGGCUCAUCAAGGACUACGUCAGAGACCGAGUGGUCACGUUGGAUCACGCAGGAGUGCGAGCGCGCAAGGUACUAACUAAGGGUGCAUACAGGGGUCUGCGUGUGGCCCUGUUUUGUGGAACAUGAUCUUGGACGACCUCCUAGACAUGCAGCUGCCAGCGGGAUGCCACAUGCAGGCCUUUGCGGAUGAUGUCCUCCUCAUAGUCACAUCCUCAUACCUCAUAGUCACAGACCUCAUAGUCAUAGGCCGGAUUCAUACGAUAAGGCGGUGUAGAAAUAGGCGCGGCGUUACCUGUAUCGAUCCUGUGUAGGGCAAAGGGCGUCGGCCCUCCCCCUACACUGAAGACAUCGCUGUUCUUUUCUAGCAGUGCAGCCAAUUUCGACCUAUCCGCUGAUGACAGGAGAUGCUGGCUAUCCUAGUAGAUCCAGAACAUCGACGUUGGCCUGAGGCAUUGCCAGCUGUUCGGUUCGCGUUGAAUACAGCACCUAAUCAGGGUACUGGUCAUACAGCUGCCUUUCUGACAUUCGCACGCCAGUUUAGGUCUCCAGUGGACGUAGCCCACGACUUAAGGACGAUCGUAGACCAAGAGAAUUAUGUGCCUCAAAUUACGCCGUAUCUCACAAGAAGUGAAGUGGCGAAUCGAGCGACAGCAGGACAUCCGUAAGGAAGCUGCGGAUAAAAGCCGUCGACCCGGAUCCGAUUAUCGUGAGGGUGACCUCGUCCUCGUGGAUAGCCAUCGCCUUAGUCAGGCCGAAAAAGACUGUACUAGUAAGUUCGCACCGCGUCGCGAAGGCCCGUUUCGUAUAGGGAAAAUAGUUUCACCAACCACGUACGAAAUCGUGGACAAGAACAAUAAACCUCGCGGCAAGUGCCAUGCUAGCCUCCUGUCACCUUACGUAGGUGAAUCCGAUCUAGCUCAAGUUAGGAGUAGGGGUAGACCUAAAAAGUCGGUUGCCAAGCCAGCUCCACAAGUUUCCGCUGACUUGGAGGGGGAGGAUGUAGCGCGGACUUUAAAGACAUAUUUCUCAGCAAGCUGUUACGAUGAUGUUGUCAAAAUGUGACAAUUUGUUGUGGAUAUGUGAUAACCACACAGAUCGUCUGCUCCAAAUGUAACUGCCCCCUUAUUCGCUAACUUUCGGAUUUUCAGCUGUCAACUGGCCUCAGUUGUCAACCGAACUUUGAUGUCAACUGACAAUUCCAAAACAUCGGUAUUUAGUAUCGCAUGAAGUGGACAUCAGUGGAUAUCUUUUCACGGUGCUUAACGUAAAAACUAUGGUGACUAUCAGGGGUACUCUUGACAACUCUAGUUUUUAUCGACUAUUAUACUGCUAAGGUGGAAAUACCUUAUUAGCAUUACAUUACUACGUUUGAGAGAACUCUUUAUUUUCAGCGUGUUAUACAUUUAAAAACAAUCUGUCUCGGUAAAAUUCAGUAUUUGCUUUCUAUUGUGUGUGGACUUGGUGUCUAAAGUUCCGUGUGGUUGAACAAUAUUUUAACUGAGAACAUUGUGAGUAUUGUAGUUAUUGUGAAUUAAACAACUUAAAUUCCUGUUUUGCAUGCAAAGCAAUAAUUGAUACACCAUUUUAUUAUUAUUUAGGUUUAAAAUGCCAGGACGCAGGAAAGUGUCACUGAGGCAAAUGGAGCUGCUUCUAGAGUUUGCGCAUUCCCAUCGCGACAUAGCGUUGGGCCGCUUUCCGCCAGGUCCUCAGGGAGUGCGGGACACUCGAGAAGCAUGGCGGUCAAUUUCGGUGGCACUUAACUGUGUCGGCAGCGGAGCCACUAAAACGCCGGACCAAUGGCGCCGAAUAUUGUCACUUGGUGACCCACCAACUUCCCAGCCAUCAAUGUCUGGAGCUGUGGCUGUACACACCUCACAGCCUCCGGUGCCUCCUAAGCCCUCAACCUCUACUUAUGAUGAGCAGAUAAUGGAGGUUGAAUGGCUUGACGACAGCCUUCUAGAGGAGACACAGCCUGUGGAGCAGAUGCCUGCUGCAGAGGCUGUGGAGCAGACGCCUGCUGCAGAGGCUGUGGAGCAGACGCCUGCUGCAGAGGCUGUGGAGCAGACGCCUGCUGCAGAGGCUGUGGAGCAGACGCCUGCUGCAGAGGCUGUGGAGCAGACGCCUGCUGCAGAGGCUGUGGAGCAGACGCCUGCUGCAGAGGCUGUGGAGCAGACGCCUGCUGCAGAAGCUGUGGAGCAGACGCCUGCUGCAGAGGCUGUGGAGCAGACGCCUGCUGCAGAGGCUGUGGAGCAGACGCCUGCUGCAGAGGCUACGCCUGCUGCAGAGGCUGUGGAGCAGACGCCUGCUGCAGAGGCUGUGGAGCAGAUGCCUGCUGCAGGGGCUGUGGAGCCCACACUAUCUAGUGAGGCUGCUAUUAUUCGCAGAGAGGAGUCAAUACCUCGUUGGGCCUAUGACCUGGAAUUGAGGAGAAUAGAGGUGGAGACCCGACUCACAGAAGCAGUGGAGGGGAUACUUGGGGUUUUAAGAGACAUUCGGGACGACUACCGCCGGCAAACAAACAGGGAAUGA